GCCACGAAACAUCCAGCCACUUGUAGCCAACCCCCUUUUCACGUGGCCUUCUUCUUCCAGUACAACAUGACCGCUCACAACUCGCACAGAGCGGCGGUGGCGUUCGUGAUUCUGGUAGGCUGUGCUGCCGGGAUCGAGCUCGACACAAACGAAUUGACAAAAUCCACCUUGGCGUGUCACAAACGAAUUUUCUCCUACAAAGUGGCACAACACGAUUCAAAAGGAAGAAUAUGCUGGGAUACGAUCAGCGUCAUGUCCUGCUGGGGUCGAUGCGUUUCCGAUGAAAUUUCAGAUUGGAGAUUCCCCUAUAAAAGAUCCAACCAUCCUGUCUGUAUGCACGGAAUUAGGGAGCCGAGAAAGGUAAUUCUGAAGCACUGCGAAGAGGGUGCCGAACCUGGAACUGAAGUUUACGAGUAUCUCCACGCAGUGUCAUGUAAAUGCCACGUCUGUAAGUCUUCAGAGGCGAGUUGUCAAGGCUUCAGGAAACCACUAUUAUUCGCAAAUGAAGGCACGUUUUCCCACUUUGGUAGUGCAUGGGACUAUAUCCUACACAUGUUAGGAGAUGCAUGACUAUCCCUACCAUCAAGCACUGCACCACUGCACAUAUUAUUUUAUGCACCUAGUAUCAUAGUAGCUUUAUACACAUCCUUUCUGAUCAACCUAGCAUCCUGUGUUGGUGCUAAAAUGUAUAUUUUUGAUUAAAUAAAGUUAUAUUUUAUGAGA